AACUCCGUCCUCAGCAUUGUCUCUCUUCUUGACUUUGGUUGAUCCGGCGUUUUUAUCUCCCUUCCAUUCUUCGCCAGAGAAAGGGGAAAAAAAAAGAAAAAACAAAAAAAAAAAAAAAAAAAAGGAACACAAAGCCAAAGAGUUCCCCGCAAAGGAAAAAGAAAAGUAUUGCUUGCGUUCGACUUCCUUCCUGAGAUACCCAUAGUGCUUUCUGUCCGUCGCCAAAAAAUGGAUAUGCACUCGGGAAUGAGCAUGACCUCAACUGCCGCCAUGCCCGCUUCAACGAUGUCCAUGGGUGCUAGUGGUGGUGGCCACGGCGGUCACGGAGGUGGUACCGGCUGCAAGAUCUCCAUGUUAUGGAACUGGAAUACCAUUGACUCCUGCUUCAUCUCCAGCACCUGGAGGAUUACAUCCAGAGGCAUGUUUGCCGGUUCAUGUAUCGGUGUCGUUCUCCUCGUCAUGUCUCUCGAAUUUCUCCGUCGUCUGGGCCACGAAUACGACAGGUACCUGGCCGGACAGCCCUCCAUAUUCUCUCGCAGGCUUCCCACUGGCCAUAAUACCCCGCCAAAAGGCGUUGCCGCUACCGCCGGCGUCACUGUCCCGCAGCCCGGCUUUGCAGCCCGACCGAGAAGACGAACGUUGCUCGAGCAUACUUUGCGAUCGCUGUUACACAUGGUCCAGUUUGGUGUCGCCUACUUCGUCAUGCUGCUCGCCAUGUACUAUAACGGUUACUUCAUUAUCUGUAUCCUGAUUGGCGCUUUUCUCGGCAGUUUCGUCUUCUCGUGGCAGUCUCACCUGGAAGAGAAAAACGAUGCCUGUUCUGUAACCGUAUGUUGUGGAUAGUAAUUCUAAAAGGCCGUAAAAAAGGAGGUUAUAUCAUCAAGGAGUUGGAAGGUCAUUUUGAAUUAGCGACGAUGUUUUAGACCAGCUGUUUCGGGCUGAGUAUGACUUAUUAUAAUAUCCUAAAUAGUGCGUAACUUGGAAUUUACAUCUCCUAUCCCCAGCUC